UCCUCCCGGUUGUUCCGCCGGGUCUGGGAUCCUGACAGCGGUGAGGCCCCUCAUUCCGUCCCGGGAGAGACCCUGAACGGGUUCCUUUCUCAGCUGUGAGCAGGUGGAUGGCCAGGCGGUAGGGAGGCUCCGGGUGGCCGUAUCAUUGUCCGAUCUACUGAAUAUGCCAGCAAGAAAAUUAAUCUCAGGGUUGUACUUUGAUAAUACGUUUACUUUGAACUUUGAGAUGGAAUGCUUCAAUUUUGUGGAGAGACUGGAUUGGCUUGGCUUGUUUUCCUGGGAGGUACCCAACAGAGACCAUUGAAAUUUGAAGAAUUUGCCCAGGCAAUAUCACUUCCGGCUGAUAAUUCUUGUGGAUAAUGACAUUGGGUCUGACCUGCACUAUGGCAGUUUUCAAGCAAGAUAAUGUAGAGAAGUACUAUGAGAUGGGUGAAGAGCUGGGAAGUGGCCAGUUUGCCAUUGUGAGGAAAUGCCGUGAGAAAAGCACCAAUAUUGAGUAUGCAGCCAAGUUCAUCAAGAAGCGCCGCCUUUCUUCCAGUCGCCGAGGCGUGAGCCUAGAGGAAAUAGAGCGGGAAGUAAACAUUCUGAGGGAAAUCCAGCACCCAAACAUCAUUACUCUGCAUGAUAUAUUUGAGAAUAAGACUGAUGUUAUUCUCAUCCUUGAACUGGUGUCAGGAGGGGAACUUUUUGAUUUCCUGGCUGAGAAAGAAUCAUUGACUGAGGAGGAGGCAACUGAAUUUCUUAAACAGAUUUUGGAUGGUGUACACUACCUCCACUCAAAGAAGAUUGCACAUUUUGAUCUAAAGCCUGAAAAUAUUAUGCUUCUGGAUAAAAAUGUUCCCAAUCCCCGCAUCAAGCUGAUCGAUUUUGGUAUUGCACAUAAAAUUGAAGAUGGAAAUGAAUUUAAAAACAUCUUUGGAACCCCCGAGUUUGUUGCCCCUGAAAUAGUCAAUUAUGAGCCUUUGGCUUUAGAAGCAGACAUGUGGAGCAUUGGUGUUAUCACUUACAUUCUUUUGAGUGGUGCUUCUCCAUUCCUGGGUGAAACCAAGCAAGAAACCCUGACAAACAUUUCUGCUGUGAACUAUGACUUUGAUGAAGAGUACUUCAGUAACACCAGUGAACUGGCAAAGGAUUUCAUCCGCAGACUUCUGGUGAAAGACCCCAAAAAACGAAUGACCAUUGGUGAUAGUCUUGAACAUCCAUGGAUUAAGGUGAUCAAGAGGAGGAAUGUGAGACGGGAGGAUAACGGCAAGAAGCCAGAGCGUCGUAGACUGAAGACAACACGCCUCAAGGAGUACACAAUCAAAUCCCACUCCAGCAUGCCUCCAAACAACACCUAUGUCAACUUUGAGAGAUUCUCCAAAGUGCUCGAAGAAAUCACUGCAGUAGAAGAAAGCAUUCAGGAACUGGUGAGAAACAAGAAGUCCUUCAAAGAGGACAUUGAUGCCCUUGUUUCUAUUUACGAUGAGAAGGAAUCUUGGUAUAAAGAAGAGAAUGAAAGCAUCAGCCAGGACCUUGGGCACAUUAAAAAUGAGUUGCGCAAGACAGAAACCUUGAGGAAGCAGGCGCAGGAUGAAGUCAAAUCAACCAUGCUGUCUACCAACAUCCUAAAGCGAAAAUAUACUAAACUAGAAACCCGUUAUGAUGCACUAACUGCAGAACUAAAGUGGGUUGAGGAACUCUUGAAGUCUGUGGAGCAGGAGGGAAUGAAAGGAGGGAUUGGGAACGAUGGCCGACAUGGAGGAAUGCGCUAGGUGCCAUUUGGUUGAAAAAAUGUGAACCUCCUGAGCCAGUUCAUUAUCUGGAACUCUGCCAAAUUGGAAUUUCACUUCAGCCACUGUUCACAAACUUGAGUUUAUCUUUAUUCUGGCCCUCUGAAGGGUUAUUGUUAAAUGUAAAUGAAUUUUUUUGUUAAAUCCCUGAGGAUAACGACCUGUCAGUGGAUUCUCAAUCACUAGCAGUGCAUGCUACUAUUGGCAUUGCUUUUGCUACAUUUGAGUACUUGUGCACCUCCCCGUGAGCACAAUUUCCUUCCCAACACCUAUUGGCAGGGAGGGGAUUUAUUUGUUAUGAGAGAUGUGCUUUCUUUUCGAUGAGAUUCAAACACCCUCCCCACCCACCAUCCCAAUCUUUACUGUUACUGAAAUUAUUUGGAUCUUUUGCUGACAGGAAUAACUAAUCUAGUUGGAUGACUCAGUUGUUGUCAGGCCUGAGUCUUUUGAUCCCUUCUAUAAUCUAAAAUGGUUACAUAUGAAAUAGUUAAGAGAAUUUCCUAUUUGCAUGAGUUGACAUUCACUGGAGAAAUAGCAAAAUCUUCAGAAAAGACCAGAUGCAUGAUUUGCAUCAAUGACUUCAGUAGUGUGCUUAGUGAAACUAAGGACCAAAUGUACUUAUUUCUGAUUUUGAAGGAAAAUCUCCUUAUUUUACACACUGGCAUUUGCUUCACUGCUUCAGUAGGGAGAGUAAACCUUUUGCAAUACGCGCUGCUAAUUCUGAUUGGCAGAUUGAAUUGUAGAUGUGGGCAGACAGCUAAAAUGCCAAAUUCUCUGAGCAGCUGCCUUGUUUUCUGUAGUGAGGAGAUGAUGAGUGGGGCGAAUCUAUCACUGCUUCUGUCUCAUUGCAAGUUCAGGUCCAAUUCUCCAGAAUCCAAUGGGCAGCUCUUUUGCAUUUCCUUUAAAACAUUCUGACGUUGGGUCUCGGAUUUUGUUGCCUGGAAAUCUCUAAUUUGGAUGUUAUGACAUUGACUCGGUACUAAUGAAGAAUGAGUUGAAAUGGAUCUUCAUUUGAAUCUCAGUAAUGAAAUGCUUUGUUCAUUGCUACACAAAGGUGUUAUGGAAACUUUAUUUAGACAUUUACAUAAUUAUGAACAGCUUUAAGUUCUGGCAGCAAAGUUAAUGUUUCCUGUGUCAGGGAUGAAAGUCCAGCUAGCAGAAGUCGAGUAGCAGAACAGGGGAUGAUGUGAUACCAAACUUAAAUUCCACAAAUUAUCGAACCUGACUACCUCUUGCAAAAUGACUGCUGAGAUCUCCAAAAAUUCCAUUGUUCCCUUUUAAAUGUAUUGCAACAUAGUAUCCUCUGAAAAGGCAUCCUUUGCUUAUUUUUGGAUUUCUAAUAUGAACCUGGAAUUCCUCAAACCAUUAUGUAAAUUCAAAGUCAGUUCUAGUUACACCAGUUCCUUCCUUAGGUGGCCCCUCCCCCACAACCCACUUGCCAAACCAGGUAAAUGCUAGUGCAUCUUCAGGAGAUGUGCAAAUGCCAGUAGUUGAGUACAAGAUUGUGCCUGCUUUGUGUGAAAGGGAUGACCUGUCCUCACAAAAAUGUUUUUCCACCAGCUCAAUUUGUGGUGCAGUUUUCACUAAAUACUUUAGAGGUUGUAUUGACUAGUAGUAACUUUGUGCAAGUUCUUAUAAGAAAGAAUUACCUGUAAGUAGCUGGUGUUUCAAUGUGCCAUGCACUAGAGGGAUCUACUGCAGUCACUGGUACUGUACUCAUUUCACUGAACUUUUGCAAGUGAUGUUUGCUGCCAUUCCCUUCCCAACUCCUUUUGUAACAUUAGCGGCUAAAAUAUUUCACUUUUUUGUACUCCUAUUAUUUGUAUAACAAUAUUGUCUUAAGAUUUAAUAUGGCAUUAACUUGAUUUCCUUUGAGCUUUGUUAUAAGCAAGUUAAAUCUUUGUUUAUAAUUUGUGAUGUAAAGAACCUCAGUGUAGUAUACUAUGCAAAUUUCUUUUGAUCUAGUCUUAAUAUUUAACUGUCCAGUUAACACCAUUUGCACGUAAUGCGUUACUUUCCAUGCAAUAAUAAACAUUAACCAUUCCAAGAAUUUGAAGUUAGGAAAUUAGUUUUGUUGAUGGGUUUAAUUUGUGGAGAUAGCCACACAGAUAUUAACUAUUCUUGGACUGUUUGAGUAAAAUAUACUUGAAUACCAAACAGAGGGAACAGUAAAACUUAGAGUAAUUUAAUACUCUUGUGGUGGUAAAUCCAUUUUGGUCACAUAAUGUGCUUUUGCAUUGAACAGACUUUUUAGUGCAACACUCAGAACUGAUCAGUAUUGUCAGCAAUAUCACCAUGUCACUUUGUCUUGAUGUUUGAUACAAAGCCAAAACAUUUCAUUAAACUGUUUAAGUUCUGGAUAAUUAAAAUUCUGGGUUUCCAUUCUCUCCUAUCCUGGAAUAUAUAUAGCAAAAUAUUAACUUAUUCUGUGAGGUAAGUCACUGUAACAUUCCACAUGCAUACUUUGUUUUAAAACUCGAAUCCUGCACAGUAGUAUGAGAUGGUUGCUAGACAAAAUGAAUGUGACUAGAUGUAUUAUAUGCACAUCGAGUCCUGGCAUUGUCUACACACUGCAAAGUUCAUAUUUAUUCAGCUGAACACUAAAAGCACCUUUAAAUGUUUUAACGCAUAGUGCAUUUCUUGAAAAUGGCAGAGAUGUGAUCUUCAUAGCAUAAGUCAAUAUGGAUACAUCUUAAACACAAAUCUAUUAAUGUGUGUUAAUGUGCUAACUAUCCCUCCAGUACUGGAGAAACAUGAUAGAAUUAAAAUGUCUGUUCAGUCUUGGAAAAGACCACCAGACUGCACAUCUUCAACCACCUACCCUGCACUCAGCCGGAGAGAAUGGAAACAUACUAGAUUGAUUUCUGAUCUGCAUGGAGUUUACAGUCCUUUAUAUUUAGUGUCAGCAAUGUACAUGUCAAGGAGAAAAAUCAAGUGAAUAUUCCAGCAUCUGCUUUCUAGCAAUUCCGGUGAUUAUGCUUACUUGGAUAUUAGUGAUGUUACUUCUCUACAGUCAAGUACCCUGACACUGGGGUCAGACCUGUUGAAUAGUUGACCUGUUCUGCCUGUAUUCCGUGCUGGCUGUUCAGAAGAGAGGGGCAGAAUUCUAUUAGGAUGUUGUACUGGGAAACUAUCUCUGACAAGGAACUUUUUGAUGCUGUAAUUUUAAAUCUUUGUACUGUUUUGUUUAAAAUCACACUUUGCUUUCCAUCCAAUUGAUCUGUCAGUACAUUAACCUUGCCAUUAAUUUUACUUGAUCAAUAAUCAAAAUUGAUUAUUAGUCCUUAGUUAAUUAGAAUUGAGAAAAAUGAUAAACAAUUGGCCUACCCUGGUGCUUUGAAUAGCAAAGUGUUAAUUAGAUUUCUGUGGACCCUGUGCCCCAUCCCCACCAUGACGGAAUCAUUAUAACCUUCUCUGUGAAAAUGUGCUACGCACAAAAUGGCUGCUGCAUUUUCUAUAUUACAACAGUGACUAAUUUCAUUACCCUCAUAUCUUUGAUCUAUUGAUUAUCUUAUGUAACCCAACCUUCAAUAAAAUGGAGUUACCUAGCAAUUUAAUAGCUAAUCAACUUGCAGCAGAGUACUAUAGAGAUAAUAUUUUAAAUGAUUUGAAAAAAUGCUUUGUGUAUAAAUUUAGACUAAUAUAUGAACUGGUUAAAGACACAAUCUGCGACAAAACCUGACUUUCUGUAGCUGCAGCAAAUCUUGCUAUAGUUUGUUUCAACUGUCCUGAGUUCUAUGAAAUGACUUGGUCAGUAUCAGCAAGACAGGAGUUGCAGGAUAAAGCCUUACACAGUGUCAAGUGUAUUCUGUAACCAGUCAAGUUCAUCCUGUUGCAUCUUGCGCUGCUGUUUAAUACCGUGUAAGGUAUACACUCUGGAAUGAUUAUCGAACCAGCACUUGAUGGGCUGCAAGUGUAACACACUUGAGGAACAAAUUAUACUAUAAAGAAAAAGCGGGCAACAUUUUCGCCCACCCAGCACUGGAGAAGUUAUCUGUAGACUAGCACACAUAAUUAAACCAUUUCAUAUUUAAUGAGCAGAAUCCAAGUCAUUCAAUACAGCAAGAUAAGUAUUUUUCUGGGCUGGAAAUGACGUUUGAUCUAUCAGGUCUUUACUUAUACAGCAAAUUGUCCAACUUUCAACAUGACCUGUGUAUUCAACUUCCUUUUUAAAUACCCAUAGACCCAACCUUCCUGCAGGUGCAGGUUUCACUUCCUGAAUUUUCAGUGCAAAUGGAAAUGAACUUUUCUGAGCUGUAUUUGCAUAUUUGAAAAGAUCACUUGUCCAUGUAUUUCCUUCAAUGAGUAGUGGUUAAAACUUCUAGCUACAGCCAAGAGGUUCUCCUAUUUAAAGCCCUUUUCAGUGGGUGUAAGGCCCCACUUAGGGGUAAGCAGUUAUCUGCCCUGUGUUUGGAAGCUUGAUGUCAGCUAGCUUCCUCGCCUGACUGCUGGUUCUUGUUAAUUACUGUUAUGGUGCAACGAAACUUGCCAAUAUUAUUUCAAUGAACACAACUUCUAUGGGAGAAACUGUUUUUAAUGUGAUAAAGCUUUCUACACUAUUUUAAACAAGUGGGACAUAUGGCAUACAGUAUUUCAUUAGUCAAUGAUGGGGAGAGAUAAAAGUCUGUUUAUUAUCUAUCAAGUACUUAGUGUUCACUUUAAUUUUGUCUUCACUGUCUAGUGCAUUAGUGGGCAUGUUAUACACCAACUAUUGCAUAUGACGCAUAUAUUUAAAACCACUUCUAAUUUCCUUUAUUGUAAACUUUGAUCUUUAGUUGCUAUUUGUAUGCAUCACACACGAAUAUUUUAAGAGCUAUGAACAAAGUAUUUUACUGUUUAAGGUGACCAAGGUUUGUUUCUUUAACAUUUUGUAAUAAACUUUUUAA